ACCAUGGUUGACACAGAAAUGCCAUUUUGGCCUAGCAACUUUGGGCUCGGCUCCGUGGAUCUCUCAGCCAUGGACGACCACACCCACUCCUUUGACAUCAAGCCUUUCACCACCGUCGAUUUCUCCAGCAUUUCAACCCCUCACUACGAAGACAUUCCGUUCGCCAGGGCCGAUCCACUGGUUCCCGAUUAUAAGUAUGAUCUGAAGCUCCAGGAGUGCCCAAGUGUCAUCAAAGUGGAACCUCCGUCCCCACCUUCUUAUUCUGAGAAAGCUCAGCUGUACAACAAGCCCCGUGAGGAAGAGUCUUCGAAUUCCCUGAUGACGAUCGAGUGCAGAGUGUGCGGGGAUAAAGCCUCAGGAUUCCACUAUGGAGUGCACGCCUGCGAAGGUUGCAAGGGUUUCUUCCGGAGGACAAUCAGACUGAAGCUAAUUUAUGAUAGGUGUGAUCUUAAUUGUCGGAUCCACAAGAAAAGCAGAAAUAAAUGUCAGUACUGCAGGUUUCAGAAAUGCCUUGCUGUGGGGAUGUCCCAUAAUGCAAUCAGGUUUGGGCGGAUGCCACAGGCCGAGAAGGAGAAGCUGUUGGCGGAGAUCUCCAGUGAUAUCGACCAGCUGAACCCGGAGUCGGCUGAUCUCCGGGCCCUGGCAAAGCAUCUGUAUGACUCAUACAUAAAGUCCUUCCCUCUGACCAAAGCCAAGGCGAGGGCAAUCUUGACAGGAAAGACAACAGACAAAUCACCUUUCGUCAUCUACGACAUGAAUUCCUUGAUGAUGGGAGAAGAUAAGAUCCAGUUCAAACAUAUAACACCCCUGCAGGAGCAGAACAAGGAGGUGGCCAUCCGCAUAUUUCAGGGCUGCCAGUUUCGCUCUGUGGAGGCAGUACAGGAGAUCACAGAGUUUGCCAAAAGCAUUCCAGGUUUUGUGAACCUUGACUUGAACGACCAAGUAACGCUCUUGAAAUAUGGCGUCCAUGAGAUCAUCUACACCCUGCUGGCCUCCUUGAUGAAUAAGGAUGGGGUCCUCAUUUCAGAGGGUCAAGGCUUCAUGACCAGGGAGUUUCUGAAGAGCCUGCGAAAACCCUUUGGUGACUUUAUGGAACCCAAGUUUGAGUUUGCUGUGAAGUUCAAUGCACUGGAAUUAGAUGACAGCGACUUGGCGAUAUUUAUAGCCGUCAUUAUCCUCAGUGGAGACCGUCCCGGCUUGCUGAAUGUGAAGCCCAUCGAGGACAUCCAGGAUAACCUGCUGCAGGCCCUAGAGCUCCAGCUGAAGCUCAAUCACCCCGAGUCCUCCCAGCUGUUCGCCAAGCUGCUGCAGAAAAUGACCGACCUCAGGCAGAUCGUCACGGAGCAUGUGCAGUUGUUGCAAGUGAUCAAGAAAACCGAGGCCGACAUGAGCCUUCACCCACUCCUACAAGAGAUCUACAAGGACUUGUAUUAGCAGAACACAAGAGAAAUUCUAAUCCGCUGACAUAAUGUACCUUCUUCCGAUUGCACUAGUUCUUUGAGGGAAAACACGGCAUGAAAUUACUGUGAAAUAGCAUUUUCCAAAGACAGAGCUUGAGAAUAAUAGAUCUAUUUUCUGCACAUUGUUUAUAAAGACACAUUUACAAUUUACUUUUAAUAUUAAA